ACGACCUUUACGAAUACGAAAAACGACCGUCUCAGUGAAUAACUGUAUUUACCAUCAGUUUUAGUAAAAAUAUUUUAGCAAGUGGAUCAUAAAUUAUUAGGUAGCAUGAAUUUCGCUGGUGCAAAAGAAAACAUUCAACCACUGCUAGCUGGACGAAAUGUCGAACAACUCGAAGUGGCUUUGAAUGCCGAAUCGCAGCAUGAGUGUCAGGAGGAACUGCUGGAGCAACGUAAACAAUUCGAGCUGGCAAUUGCAAAUUACAGCGGUGAGGAUCCGUUAGAAUUGUGGUUCGACUACAUUGGUUGGGUGGAGCAAAGCUAUCCGAAAAGUGGAAAGGCAGCGGCUCUAGAUGAUUUGCUGAAGAAGUCUCUGUCGAAAUUUGAGAAGGAUUCUCGAUACGCACAAGAUUCUCGAUUCAUUCGACUCUUCAUCAAAUACAUCGACAGCAAAGACAAUCCGCAUCUCUAUUACACCAAGUUGUACAACAGUGGCGUGGGAACCAUGGUUGCCGAUUUGUACAUCGCUUGGGCGCACUAUUUCGACGUUCUUGAUGAAUUCGAUCAAGCCAAAGCGGUCUACCAAAAAGGUUUGGAUGCCCGAGCCGCUCCGAUCGACCAUUUAAAGCAAGUGUACGAAAGGUUCCAAUUUUCUGUUGGUCAACGCGUCAUCCGCAAGGAGGAGUACCGGCAAGAAUUUCUUUCCACAAUGGAAGCCCAACGAAAUGCGUUCACCUCGUUGCGAAGUCUCAAGCGAUCGAAAGUAGGAAGCAUACGCACUGGCAGCGCUGUCAAGAGUCUGGAGCCCGGUCGAGUCCGGCAAAAUCAGUCACUAUCGUCUUCGUCAUCAUCGAAUGUACCGUUGAAGGUUUACGAUGGAGCGAGCGUAACAACAUCGAAACCGUUACCCCAACCGUAUCGAUCGGUGGUGGAGGAGAUCGAAAAUAGUAUGGUGGAGAAUAAAAUUGAACCUGGGCCGUGGUCGAAGGCGUCAAGCAGGAAGAGUGUCUUCCACAACGUACAUGGAAAUUCCGCAUUAAAAUUUGCCAUACUCGAGGAUGACCUUGAACAGCCGCCAAUCAAAUUAGCACCUUUGCCGCCAGACAAUGGAAAUUUGGCGAUAAAUCUGCCGAAAAACUUCGUUCGAAAAAACGAUCCCCAAACGCCAUUCGAGUUGGCUGCGUAUGUGGAAGAGGUUGUCGAUUUGCAUACGAUCCCGGCAUACCCCAAAUUCUAUCUUCAACCGAACGCAAAGAUUUGCUUUCAACCCGAAGAGCUUCGUCACUAUAAGCGUCUCAAGGCCAAAAACAUUUCCAACGAGUUCACCGAACAUCGAGAUAUUUAUUGGGGGGUCGGCAGCACGCUACCAGCGCGUUUCCUUCCGAAUUUUCCGCGACAGAACAAACCACAAACGGAAAUGGAAACCGAGUGGCCGGAUAUUUCGUUGAUUCCGUGCGAUCAAGUGUUUGUGUGCAAUCUACGUGCCAUGUACCCGAAGGAUUCAAAGCUUGAAGUACCAUUCGAACAGAACAUAAUCGCCAAUCGAGAAAGUAAGAAGAACAAUCAGAACAAUGCCGGUGAAAUGGACGAGACGGUAUGUGUGCGUGGGAGACAGUCAUUCGGUGUACAACACACACGGCGCUCGAUAGUCAGUGGUGGACGAAAGUCGAUAAUGCCUGUGGCUAGUGAUAGAGACGUCAGUAUUCGUAGAUUUCCGUCGACCGACGAUUCCAGUAGCGAUAUGGACUUAACCACCGAUGAUAUUGAUGAGGUCAUUAAUCGCAAAGAGAAAGUGUCGGCAAAUGCUUUGAUUGCCACAGUGGACGAGUUUCUGAAACCGGCACCGAAACCUCAAACAGCUUUGCCCAAUAGAGAUGGUGAAUUCAAGAAGCCCCUGGAACCACCGAAAACUACUCAAUGGUCAGUCUUCACUGACGACGAACCAAGCACGAUGCAAACGCCUGAACAAAUGGCCACUAAGACGGUACAAUCACCGGCAAUAUUUUCCAGCAAAAGUUCUGGCAGCGGUGCAGACAAAUCAUCCAAAGAAACAUUUGCUGUACCUCAAGUACCAGUAGCUCGAACGGCCGCCGAAAAACGAACAACCGAAUCGGUUACCAUGAAGCAUACUGAUAUACCUACGGCAAGUACAAGUUCAGUUCAAGCAUCGUAUCCCAUUGGUCCACAGACUGGCGCUGUAAGAAAAUCGAUUCUUCGGAAAAGUACGAUCUCAGAGCACGCAAUUGAAAGUUCCUCCAUUGGCAGCAGCAAUGAUAAUGCAGACAAGUUACCGCCACCUGACUUGGACUACAGUCUUUGCACCCAAGCGUUUAAUGUUAAUUUGGCGGAACAAAUGGCUAGCACCCCAGUUGCGAUUCGGAGAAAAGAACCGCUAGCCGAACAGAUUCGUUCAUCACACGAUGUUCAACCAACUCAUCCGUUAAAGCUCUCAACCAUCAUGGAAACCACUGAAGGGUCUGCCAGCGCAGCAAGCACUAAAUCUUCAACUCAAUUUUCGUCGCCAGAAGAUGAAGACUUGUCGAAGCGAUCGAAUGUUACGAAUCGUACGAAAUUGGCUGGUACUACUGUUUGUCCAGAUGACGAGGCAACCAAUUAUUCAAAGUCAGAACCGAAUCACGAAUUAAGUAACAAUGGUGCUGGUCUGACAAAUUAUUCGUGCAAUGUUGAACACACCAUGCCAGCUAUUCAAUUGUCGCUUUUGCCCGGGGACUAUCUUUUGCCAAACACUGCUCCGUCGGUUCAGUUUAAAAGUGAAGUCGCAACUGUAGCAAAAGAAGAGCCAACCAAAAAUUAUCCUUUUCCGAUAUUUGAAGAUACGCAAACGACAACUACAAUUGCUGCGAAUGUGUCGUCUGAACCAAAUGCAGCGCGAAAUUCUGGUCAUUCGGGUGAUGGUCAAUUCAACGAGACAUCUAUGUGGAUCAAAGAUGAGCCGAAAAGCUUCACGUUGAAUAAUAUUUCUGCUGCGGAGGAAUCCUUCGCUCUUCCAAUGGUUGUUCCAAGAGAUUCUUUUGCACCACUACUCGGGACGACUGUCUCUGAAACUUCCAAUAAUUUCGCAGAGUUUGCGCAUCAGAGUAAAGCUACGGCCGAAGAAUCUUUUACUCUUCCGAAUCGUCAACGAAAAUCGAUGGCACCACUAGUUGGGACGACUGUUGGUGAAACUUCCAAUAAGUUCGCAGAGUUUGCUCAUCAGAGCAAAGCUGGUGCACAGGCGGAUAUUUCUACGGCCGAAGAAUCUUUUGAUCUUCCCAAUCGUCAACGAAAAUCGAUGGCACCACUAGUUGGGACGACUGUCAGUGAAACUACCAAUAAGUUCGCAGAAUUUGCUCAUAAGAGUGAAGCUGGUGCACAGACUGAUAGUUCUACGGCCGAAGAAUCUUUUACUCUUCCGAAUCGUCAACGAAAAUCGAUGGCACCACUACUCGUGAUGACUUCCAAUAAUUUCGCAGAGUUUGCGCAUCAGAGCAAAGCUGGUGCACAGAUUGAUAGUUCUACGGCCGGUGAAUCUUUUGCUCUUGCGAAUGAGAGUCACACUAACACACUCCAUCAGAUCAAAGAUGAGCUACAAACUGAUACGUCUACAACUGAGCAAUCGUUUGCUCUUCCAAACGCUCAACAAACUGUACCUGAAAUGAGUGGUCUGAACGGGACAUUCGAACUCGAUAGCUCUGAUUCAGAAGAAGAAAUUAUUGAGGUUCCGGAUGACACUUUAAUGGAGGAUGUACCGAAGAUUGUGGACGUGCAAUCGCUAGCUAACCGGAACAACUUUACUGCAAAUCGCUUCGAAACAAGCACGCGACUGAGCAUUUCGAUUACAGAAGAAGAAAUGGCAGUCCACAUGAACUUGAAAAACGCCAAUGGAGACGCGGAAAUGUGCGACCAAAGCAUUUACUUCAAGCAAAAUUCAGUUUUGGUGCAGCCGCCAUGGAUUGAAAAUGAAGCUAAAUUGGAUUCGACCGACAGGAACGCUUACCAGCACGAGGAAGUGAAUCUGGAAGAAUCUCGAAUUGUCAUUGAUACGAAAUUAGCCGAAGUGUUAGUCGAUCCUUUCAAUGAAGUGUUGAGAGGUGCAAUAUUGGCGGAUAUUCAAUUUAUGGAGUUUCUCAAGAAGAAUGCGGCAUGUGACCUGAUUUCUACAGUGCCCACAGUGGCCGUCAAACGGUCCAUUACGUUCAAGGACACUCAUUUCGACGUUUUGAAAAGUAUUGGACACGGUGCUUACGGACGCGUGUACAACGUCAAGUGCCAGAAGGAUGGAUCUACGUAUGCAGUCAAAAAGGAGAUGCCGGCCAAUUUGUGGGAGUAUUACAUUUUGAGGGAGGUGCACAGUCGUGUUGUGGGAAAUUUGUCCGGGUACAUGCAGAUCGAUAUGGCUAUUAUCGCCAACGAUGGCAGCCUAUUGUUUUCGCAAUACUCGCAAUAUGGCACUCUAUUGGACGUUUGCAAUCGCGUGUUCACUUCGAUCAAUUCUAAUAUCAACGAAUCGAUCGUAUUCAUCUUGGCCUAUCAGAUGCUGGACCUUGUCGAUCGUCUGCACAAGGCUGGCAUUCUUCAUUUGGACUUGAAACCGGACAAUUUUCUUGUGAUGAAACCAAUGUCCACAGAUCACCGGGACCUGUUCAUCCAACUAAUCGACUUUGGCAACGCAGUCGAUUUGCAACAGUAUCCACCGGGACAGCAGUUUAACGCGGCCCUCGAAACCAAGCAUUUCGUAUGUCUGGAGAUGCUGGAGCACCGACCGUGGAUCUUUCAGCCGGAUUUGUAUUGUUUGGCGGCAACCAUACACUCGGUGCUAUUCGGGCGGUACUUAGAAGUUAAGAAAUUGAAACAGAAUUACUGUGCCGACGUGAAGAUUCCGCGGUACUUCCACGCUGUGUGGAGGCGAUUUUUCCAAGAAUUAAUUCACAUACCCGGCGGCACAUCGCCAAAUUUGAAGAUAUUGAUGGGAUGCUUUGAUAAAGUUAUUGUUGAGGACAGAGAUCUUAAACAGAAAAUUGCAAGAUUUAAUCAAUUUAUUGUUUGAAGGAUGGGCUGUGCAUGAAGUCAUCGUUGUUAGUAUGAAAAACAUUUUUAAUUCAAUUAGUAGAGCCACCAAAAUAAAGACUGUAAAUGGAACAUAAAAA